AUGCAAGAAUAUGCAAAGGACAAGAAGGUAUCAGACUUCAUCAAUCUUAAUAAACUCAAUAUCUUCUCUGAACUAGAAGAACCUCUGGAACCCGAGUGUUCAGAAGAAGCUACCGCGGAGGUCAAGAUAGUAUAUGACAUCAAGAUUACUGUGUGGAAAAUAAAAUAUAUGAAAUAUGAGAAAUUGAAUAAAGAUCUGGAAAAUAUCAAUGAACUCUUCAAAUUCACACUUCUAUCUCUGAAACUCCUGAAUCUUUGA